UCGAUAUUUUAUAUAUAUACUUAUUAUCGAUAGCGAUGGAAAUGUAACCCUAAUUGCUCUUAGUCACUAAGUUGGUCACACUUAAACACCACAAAAAACUUCAUCUGGCAGAAAAGUGAAAAAGAGAAAAUUAAGGGGUUUAUUAAGUGUACCCAGCAAAAUUAGUUUUAAUUCACACCCAACACUAUUGAAGCAUCUCACCUGAACAGCAUCAAAAUGACGUGGGAACCGCAGGCAGAAGGUCUUCAGCAGAUCAUUGCGAUCUUAAAAGAAUCUCAGUCACCGAACACUGCUACUCAAAUGGCAGUCCAAAUCAAACUGGAGGACUUCAACCGAUAUCCAGACUUCAACAAUUAUUUGAUAUAUGUGCUGACCAAACUAAAUACGGAAGACGAACCCACACGCUCACUAAGUGGCUUAAUACUAAAGAACAAUAUUCGUAUGCACGGCAGCAACUUGCAGCCGGAGAUUGUUGAAUACAUCAAACACGAAUGCCUCCAAGCUGUCGGCGAUACUUCUCCACUGAUACGCGCUACCGUUGGCAUUCUGAUCACCACCAUAGCCAGCAAUGGAGGCUUGCAGAAUUGGCCACAGCUUUUGCCAUCGCUGUGCGACAUGCUCGAUAGCCAAGAUUAUAAUGUGUGCGAGGGUGCGUUUAGUGCUCUGCAAAAGAUCUGCGAGGAUUCAGCUGAAAUAUUAGACUCGACUGUGCUAAAUAGGCCACUGAACGUCAUGAUACCCAAGUUCUUGCAGUACUUUAAACAUAACAGCCCCAAGAUACGCUCCCAUGCAAUUGCUUGCAUCAAUCAAUUCAUUAUCAAUCGAUCUCAGGCGCUGAUGCUGCACAUCGAUGCGUUCAUUGAGAAUCUAUUUAAUUUGUCGUCUGAUGAGGAUCACGAGGUGCGCAAGAAUGUUUGCCAUGGUUUAGUCAUGCUGCUCGAAGUGCGAAUGGACAGACUUAUGCCGCAUAUGUCGCAGAUCAUUGAGUAUAUGUUGUUGCGUACUCAAGACUCUGAUGAGGGCGUGGCCCUGGAAGCGUCUGAGUUUUGGUUGUCGCUGGCGGAACAAAGUAUUUGCAAGGACGUGCUAGCACCGUAUUUACAGCAGCUUGCGCCUAUUUUGGUGCGUGGCAUGAGAUACUCAGAGAUCGAUAUAAUAUUGCUUAAGGGCAAUGUAGAGGAGGAUGAUAUGGAGCCGGAUCGCGAGGAGGAUAUACGUCCUCGUUUUCACAAGUCACGUACACACACAAUCAAAAGUGGCGAGGUCAAUCAGGCAUCAGGCGGUGAAGAUGAUGAAGAUGAAUUCGAUGAUGGCUUAGACGAUGAUAGUUCGCUAUCUGAAUGGAAUUUGCGCAAGUGCAGCGCGGCAGCUCUGGAUGUAUUGGCGAAUGUAUUUCGUGAUGAUUGUCUGCCCAUUGUGUUACCUAUACUGAAGGACACGCUGUUUCACCAAGAGUGGGUCGUCAAGGAGAGCGGCGUUCUUGCUCUGGGCGCCAUAGCUGAGGGCUGCAUGCAAGGCAUGAUCCAACAUUUGCCCGAAUUGAUACCAUAUCUGAUUAGCUGCUUGUCCGACAAGAAGGCGCUAGUGCGGUCCAUCACCUGUUGGACUCUGUCCCGCUACGCCAACUGGGUAGUCAAUCAGCCACAUGAUCAAUACCUAAAGCCAUUGAUGGAGGAGUUGCUCAAACGCAUACUGGAUUCAAACAAGCGCGUGCAGGAGGCUGCCUGCUCGGCGUUUGCCACGCUUGAAGAGGAAGCGUGUACCGAACUGGUGCCCUAUUUAGAAUAUAUACUUAAAACCCUUGUUUUCGCCUUUUCCAAGUAUCAGCACAAGAAUCUAUUGAUAUUGUAUGAUGCUGUUGGCACGUUGGCUGACUCUGUUGGUCACCAUUUGAACAAGCCACAAUAUAUUGAUAUAUUAAUGCCGCCACUAAUUGACAAAUGGAAUUUGCUUAAAGACGAUGACAAAGAUCUAUUCCCAUUGCUCGAGUGUCUGUCCAGCAUUGCAACUGCGCUGCAAUCGGGCUUUCUGCCCUAUUGUGAUCCUGUCUAUAGAAGAUGUAUAUCGCUAAUUGAGCAGACAAUUAACCAGGAAAUGCUUUGCAAACAAAAUCACACAUUCGAUCACCCCGACAAGGAGCGCAUGAUUGUGGCGCUGGACUUACUCUCAGGCCUGGCAGAGGGCCUAGACCGACACAUUGAGACGCUGGUAGCCAAUAGUAAUAUAAUGCAUUUGCUUUAUCAGUGCAUGCAGGACAUUCUGCCGGAGGUGCGUCAGUCUUCAUUUGCACUGCUCGGUGAUUUGACCAAGGCCUGUUUCCCACACGUGCAUCCGUUCAUGGCCGAGUUCUUUCCCAUAUUGGGCCAAAAUCUAAAUCCAGAUUUUAUUUCCGUGUGCAACAAUGCAACUUGGGCUAUUGGCGAAAUAUGCAUGAAAUUGGGUGAGGAAACCAAACAGUAUAUACAUCUUGUACUGACCGAUCUCUUCAUCAUCAUAAAUCGUCCGAAUACGCCCAAGACGCUACUGGAGAAUACAGCAAUAACAAUCGGUCGUCUAGGUUAUGUGUGCCCAGUUGAAGUGGCUCCUUAUUUGCCCGAAUUUGUACGACAGUGGUGCACAUCGUUGCGUCACAUACGAGAUAAUGACGAAAAGGACUCGGCCUUCCGUGGCAUGUGCCACAUGAUCACCGUGAAUCCAGCUGGCGUUGUGCCUGAUUUUAUAUUCUUCUGCGAUGCAAUUGCCUCAUGGGUUAAUCCGCCACAGGAUCUGCAUCAGAUGAUACAAAAGAUACUACAUGGCUUCAAGACACAAGUCGGUGAAGAGAAUUGGCGUCGAUUUGUUGAUCAAUUCCCGCCAACUCUGGCCGAACGUUUGGUAACAAUGUACAACAUUUAAGAUGACCUGGCCUCAGCAACAAAAAAUACCACAAACACAUACCACA